ACUCCAGAAAGACAAUUUCGUCACGUGAUCAGAACUCUCACCCGCUUCUGGGCUGAGUCGCCUUUUAACUGUAGUUUUUUUUACCCUCAUUCUUAGCAUGAGAUCCAGAUUUCUGUGAGGAAAUUUCAAGCAACAUCUCCUUCAGUUACAUAGUGUGCAUUUAUAUCUUUUCGUUUUUUUGAGCCCAGGAAAUGAUGGAACGACAAUCCUGGAAGUCGCUUGGUUUCUUUUCUUAAAAUAUACAUAGACUACUUUCUUUUUUCCGUCGAUAAGCAGUAAAACGUUUUAUGGAGAGUUGUUCGAGUGCAUGCAGUGACAUGGGCUUUAAAAGCUUCAUUUGUGUGCUGCUUUAUGUGGCUGCUCUGACACUUUCAGGGGUUUUGGCCAAGAAUGAGAGCGGUGAUGCUUACAGAUGGACCAGGCAAAGCCUGCCAGGGCUGAUGGUUACACACACACAGCUGUUAAAAACAACUUUGUUCAGAGGGCAGGAGGAUGGGGUGGGUAAAGGAACAAGGAAGUUGUGUGGAAUAGAGUGCCAAAGCACCCAACCAUUGAUAGACCAGACUGAACAGGAGAGGUUUUUGGGAUAUGAGACAGUGUAUGAAAAUGGUACACGCACACAUGCAAACAUCAGUUUGCAGUGGAUGAACAAAACAUCUGCAGAAACACAGGCACACUCAUCAGUUUAUGUCCGCAAGAAGCGGCAAGUUUAUGGAGAAGAUGGGCGAUUUGUUAUCUCUGAUUCACAUUUUAUUACCAACUACCCAUUCUCCACUGCAGUCCGCCUCUCUACAGGAUGUUCUGGAGUGCUGGUAUCUCCAAAGCAUGUGCUAACAGCAGCACAUUGUGUCCAUGAUGGCAAGGACUAUUUGGAAAGUGCCAGAAGGCUUAAAGUUGGGUUGUUACAGAUUAGGACUAAAAGAAGAAGGGUUGGAAGAAGGAGAGGGGGGAGGAAAAGGGGUGAGAGGAAAAAAGCAGACAAAGAAGAUGGGAGGAGAGGAGAAGUGCAGCUAAGAGAAGAAGGUGAGGAAAACAUUACUGGAAGAGAGAAAAGGAGAAGGUGGGGUGGAGGCAGAGUGCACAGAGGAAAGAAAAGGGAAGAGGUGGGAGAAGCUGAUGCUGGAAAUAGGGAGUCUAACAAAAGAGGACCAAGAAAGCGAAAAAGUCCCAAUCGUGUUCGACGGAGUGAAGGGACAGGAAAGCAACCCGUCUUUCGUUGGACUCGGGUUAAACAGACCCAGAUCCCUCAAGGAUGGAUCCAAACCAAGAGCUCCACCAACUCUAUCUCCCCUGACUAUGAUUAUGCCCUUUUGGAGCUGAGACAUCCUGUCAAGCAAAAGUACAUGGAAAUCGGAGUGGCAUCCUCUGAAACGUCGCUUGGACGGAUCCAUUUUUCAGGCUAUGACACAGACAAAAGCCUGCUGGAUGGGCGCGGCGAUGAGAAGGUGAUUUAUCGCUUUUGCUCAGUUACAAAGGAGUCUGAUGAUUUGAUGUACCAGCACUGUGACGCACAGAAUGGUGCAACAGGAGCAGGGGUUUACGUUCGUCUGAGGCAGCACGCAGGACGUGGGGGCAGUAAGGGGAAGUGGCAGAGGAGGGUGAUCGGGGUGUUUUCAGGCCAUCAGUGGGUGGAUGUGGAGGGAGGUGAGCAGAAGGACUUCAAUGUUGCAGUUAGGAUCACACCUCCCAAAUAUGCCCAGAUCUGCCAUUGGAUCCACAGAGAUCCAAGUCUUUGUAAAGAGGUUUGAACUUGAGCAAUGGACCUACAAGAUACAAAGAUCUGUUGUCAUCAAUCAAGAGACUCAAAGAUCAGGACUAGUAUGUUUACAACCUUCAAGAAAUUUACUCAUAUGAUCAUCAUUAUCCUUUGAGAACUGAAACAGCCAAUAACAUGAUCAAUUUCUCAUUUUAUAUAAAAAAAUGUUCAUCAGUAAAUUGCUGCAUUAAAUAAACUUUCCCUGUAGUUACAAUGACAAUGUUGUUGCUGCUGUGUUUUGGAUAUUUUUCAAGUCAUCCAUCCAGUUAAACUUUAAAGAAUGCAUAAUUUUUUUUUUUUUGUUUGUUUGUUUGCUUGUUUGCAUUUCUUUUUUUUUUCUUAUCUUGUUCAUAUCCUAUAAAACAUCUGUAUAUUAUUUCAGUACAGACUCCAAUAAAACUUGUCCAAAAAAAAAGAGCAUUGCACAGAUUCAUGAAGCACAACUUUUAGGUGUGCUGUUCAAAUGCUUUUCUGUUUCCAAA